AUGGUAGCGCGACCAAAAAGUGACAAGCGCGAAUGGAACCAGUUAAUUGUGAUUUUGAAUUUUUUGAUCAUCCUCCAAACGUCUGUUGCCCAAAGUCGGGCGCCGCGAAUAAAGGAACACCCAGCUGACACUAUCGUCGGGAGAAGCGAGCCCGCUACCCUGCGCUGCGUGGCCGAAGGCAAGCCAAAACCAACAAUCCAGUGGUACAAGGACGGCGCCCCAUUAGCACCGACAGACCACCCACACCGGGUUCUUCUAGAAGAUGGUCUCCUUUUUCUCAGGGUUAUGCGUGGUAAGAAAGAGAGUGACGAGGGCGUCUACUGGUGCGUCGCACGUAACACUGUCGGGGAAGCAGUUAGUAAGAACGCGACUCUUGACUAUUGCUGAAACGAACCUAGAGACGUGAAAGUAGCUAGUGGUGAACCAGCACUCCUUGAAUGUGCUACUCCUAAAGGUGCACCAGAACCAUCAGUGCAUUGGGUCAAAGAUGGACGAACUCUUGAUGUUGAUGUUAAUGGAAGGAUAGCAAUUGUCGACGGUGGCAAUCUAAAGAUAAUAGAGAGUCUUCCAUCCGAUAGCGGAGUAUACAAAUGUGUGGCAUCGAAUGUAGCAGGCGAAAGACAAUCCCGUCCUGCAACAUUGCUCGUAUUACGGAGACCACAUUUUCUAGUGAAACCCAAUAAUAUAACGGCACUGAUUAACCAGAACGUUGAGUUUCAUUGUCAAGCGUCACCAGAAUCAGACGUAUCCGUAACAUGGUCCCGUGAUAAAGGUCCCUUGUCUCCAUACGCAAUAAUACGUAGAGGUUCCUUAAGAAUAGACAGAGUACUGUCUUCAGAUGCUGGGACGUAUACAUGUCGAGCUGAGAGUCAAGCGGGAACGAGUGUCUCUAGUGCGACACUUACAGUGCAUUCUUUACCUCACUUUACGCGUGUGCCCUCGGAUCAAACUGCUUGGGAAGGAGAGUCGAUCUCAUUUCUAUGUGAUGCUGAUGGUUCGCCAAAGCCAGUUAUAUUCUGGACGAUGGAGGGGUCUCAGGAAAUAAUAUUUCCAAAUUCAGUACACGCGUCAGGAUCUCUUUAUUUGGACCGGGUGUCAACGCAACACGCGGGUAGGUGGACAUGCGUGGCCGUCAGUGCAGCAGGAAGUGCGUUGCAUACAGUAACAUUACAGGUGUUAAGAAGAGAAGCCAAUUCAUUUAAUGGAAACCUCGAGUCAUCGUCUCCUUACCCCGACCUUAAUAAACCUCAGAAUCACCCGCCAAUGACUCAAUAUGAAUUAGUGCAAGCUCGUCGUUAUUUGCAACAAGAUGUUUUAGUGUUAAGAAGAGUAGAAGGAAUAUCGUCGACAACGCUUAAAAUUGUUUGGGAUGUUCUAACAGAUUACAACGAAUAUUUAGAAGGUGUAAAGAUAUGGUUUAACGGUACCUCGUUAAACAAACAAUACGCUGUCGAGUAUGAAAAUCAACCGACGAACGCUAGCAUAGAUAGUGUAGUAGAAUUAACAAAACACGAGAAUUUCACAAUGACAACGAUACACAACAGUGGGUCCUCGAGCCAUGUACUUACAGGGUUGAUACCUUAUGCCAAGUAUAACAUAUUUUUGAUGCCGUUUUACAAAUUAUUACUUGGGAAACCGUCCAACAUGAGGAGCGGUUUCACUGAGGAAGACAUUCCGACCGCUCCGCCACAUAGUGUAACAGCUGGUGUCAUAAAUUCUACGUCAGCAUGGAUUCGCUGGGACCCACCGCCUGUUUACGCGUGGAAUGGAGAAAUUACAGGAUAUUUGAUAGAGGUGAGGGUUGGCGGAAGCAACAAUGGCCGCGUGGUAGGUCAAAUGUCGCUCGGCGCACGAACCCGUGCUGCUGCAGCCAGUUCGUUGAGAGCUGGUGGAAGGUAUGUUGCACGAGCAGCUGCAGUCACAAAGCGGGGCCACGGGCCCUUCAGUGCACCUGCGCAGAUUCAUAUGUUGCCGACACAGUCGCAAAGGCAUUACGUACAGACGGAGCCAGCUAGAGACAAAGCAAUUUUGUCUGUGUUCCAAGAAACUUGGCUACUUAUUCUAAGUUUGAUUUUAUUGGCUAUUAUUCUAGUCGGAGCCGGUAUUAUAAUUUAUUUACGCCAAAAGCAAUCAAAACAGCGAAAGAGCCACAAUUCAGCAAAUACCCCAAUUACAAAUACGCAGCAAUGUUUGCUCGGAAAAGAGGCCGUGUGGAUGCGAGAAAGGCCUUUGUAUGAGGCAAAUGAGCCUCGAGUUGAAAUGCUGAAUUGUCAUCAAAGUCUCUUACAUGGUGGAAACUCAAUCGGUACAAUGACUAUGGAAGCAGAAUACAGUCUACCUCAGCAUGCUAGUGCUAGAAAUGAGAUAAUUUGCCAAGAAGAUAAAAGAAAAUACCCACCAGAAGCUUACGCGUCUAGUGCCAUUUAUAGCGAAUUAAAUAAUUAUCAGGAUCACACGGAUGCAGAAGAUUCAUGCAUAAAAUGCGCUGUCAGUCCAGGAUCCUACGAUAACAGCAUGAUUAGAUCCUUUGCUGAUAGUAAUCAAUAUUCAGCUGAAGACUGUUCAACUUGCUGUAGAAGUAGCAGUAAUAGUUCAACGUUAACUAAGGAUUACAGCGAUAUGACCAAGUGUGGUAACGGUGAUGAUCAGGAUCUAUCCAUUGAAGAAUGUCCUUCGUGCAAAACAGCACAAUCGAAAUCUCCUAGUCAGCACGAAGCUAAAGCGUGGACAGCAAUCGCUGACGUCGAAUACGAUUAUCCUCAGUGGCAGUUGCUGGCUAGGGAAAAUAGUUUCAGGCAAAUAUCUCAAGAGCCCAGAUACGAAAGCCAAAGCAGAAGAAGCGAACAAAAUUGUAGGAUGAAUUUGUGUGAUAUUUUACCUCCGCCGCCGUAUGAGAGGGAUUCUCCAUAUCGUGAGAUGCAUCCAUACGGCAGCCAAACCGGUGCGUCCGGUUGUUCCGGUCACUCCUACAGGAGCUAA